AUGAAAAUCCACAAUUCACCCACUUCCACAUCCGAUAUCAAACUCUCAUGUAAAGUUUGUCACGAGUCAGCGGAUGGUUUGCAUUUUGGAGCACCUGCCUGUCGGUAAGCCCCGCCCUAUUUUUCAUACAUUUUCGGAAACUAAAUCCAAAUCCAAAUCCCAAAAAGCCACGCCCACUUUUUUUUUGCAGAGCGUGUGCUGCAUUUUUUCGUCGGACAGUUCAGUUGAACAAGAAACAUAGUUGUGCGAAGAACAGUCAGUGCUAUAUUUUGAGCAGUGAGUUUUGGGGGUACUGUACAUAGAUUCUGGCGCGAAAAUUGUCAUGACGUGGAAUUUGUGUGGGAUUUUUAGAUUCUCAAACUUAAAGUUUAUUGUAGACAAACUGUGAGUGCUAAAAAAUACCGUAGAUCAAAUUAAUACUGUAGAUACAAAGCUACAGUAACCUUAGGCUGGUUUCAAAAACGCAAUCAUUAAACUUCCAGACAUUCGAAAUAUGUGUCGCUCAUGUCGCUACGGAAAAUGCCUGUCAGUCGGCAUGAAAACGUCGGCAGUUCAACAGAAACGCGAUCAACUCGGCAAACGCGAAGCCCUCCGAAACAUUCAGAAUUCGCACGACGAUGCGGCUGAAACGCCCAAGCCCGAACCAGUGCUGGACCGCAUUUUCCAGGCCUACAAACAACUGGAGGAAUCGAGGAAAACGGUGCACAACCGGAAGGAUAAUCAGAUUCCCAAGGCGAUUUGUUGGGAGCAAAUCAAGGAUCUGUUUGCCAACGAGAUGAGUAUUGUUUAUACGUUUUUGUGCAAAAGUUUUCCUGGAUAUGCCACGUGUCCACCGGAUGCGAAAAGAGCAAUGUUCAAGAAUUUCUUCUUGCCGUUCACGUUGAUUGAGAGCUCCUACUUGAGCUAUAUUAAUGGUGAGUUACAUACAAAUUUUUUAAAAAUAAUUUUUAAGUUCUAAUUAAAUUCUUCCAGAUAAACCCGACAUAAUGAUAAUGCCAUCUGGCGACUUCAUAGAUCUCCUCAAUUUCGAAAGCUAUUACAAUGGUGAAUAUGAAAAAUUCACCAAAGAUCAAGCCUCCUCAAUUUUCCACAAUCAAUUCGGAAUGAUGAAAAAUAGCAUAACAUUUCCACUGAUGGCCGAAAAAGUCGAUAUCUACGAAUUCCUCUUCUUGAUCUCGAUGUUAUUGCUGGAAACUGAUGCUGAAAUCGAUGCUGGAAGUAGUGAAGCCGCGUUGAAAUCCAGGAACUCACUGAUUCGCGAUCUUCUAUACUAUUAUACUUCGAGAAAAGUUCAAGACGAUCCAGCUCUUCGAUUGGGCAAAAUUUUGACACUUCUCCCGUCGAUUCAUCGCUACAGCAGAAAAUUCCAGGAAUAUCUAGAGAUCAAGAGUCUACUCAAUAUCUACACUCUUCCUAGAAAUCUUUAUGAUAUGUUUACACCGACUUCGUGA